AUGCCGCGUGCGUGUGUGCGUUUCGCCAGUCGCCCUGUGGUUGCUGAGGAUGCUGGGGGAUCUCUCGGGGGAACGGUUACCAUAGGAACGGGCACCGCUGGGUCCACCACUGAGCCCCCACCCGCAGCCCCGCCCCCUCCCGAGGCUCAGCCAAUAGAACCCAAGGUUCCCGAGGAGGAGAUGGACGUCACCGAUGACGACAUCACAGCAAGCUGUCUUUCCAACCUCCCGCCGAACGCCAAGAAGAUCUCCAACUCCUACGAGGAGCGCCGUAAGCAGGCCACCGCCAUCGUGCUGCUGGGCGUCAUCGGGGCCGAGUUCGGGGCAGAAAUCGAGCCGCCCAAGGGCUCGGCGCGAGCUCGAACCGGCGGCCAGGUGCCCGAAGGCUUCGGGCCCACCAGCGGAGGGUCGUCCAACUACUCACUGGCACGCCACACCUGCAAGGCGCUGACCUUCCUGCUCCUGCAGCCCCCCAGCCCCAAACUACCUGCCCACAGCACCAUCCGCCGCACCGCGAUCGAUCUGAUUGGCCGAGGCUUCACCGUCUGGGAGCCCUACAUGGACGUGUCGGCAGUGCUCAUGGGACUGCUGGAGCUGUGUGCCGACGCAGAGAAGCAGCUGGCUAACGUUACUAUGGGUCUGCCCCUAAACCCCCCGGCAGACUCGGCCCGCUCGGCCCGCCACGCGCUCUCCCUCAUCGCCACGGCCCGGCCGCCCGCCUUCAUCACCACCAUCGCCAGAGAGGUUCAUCGCUUCAACGCAGCUCAAGCAAACUCGCAGUCGCAGCAGAACGUGCACACCACCACGCUGGCCCGAGCCAAGACGGAGAUCCUGCGGGUGAUCGACAUCCUGAUCGAGAAGAUGCCGGGAGACGUCGUUGAUUUGCUGAUCGAAGAGUCCAGCCCAACGUGCGACUGCCAUGGAUCCUCGGGUACUUAUUUGAUCGGUUUGUGCAGGUUUUACAUGGUGGGCUACUGUGACCGGAGUCACCGGAUCGCCGUGGGAGCUCGCCAGGGCUCGGUGGCCCUUUACGACGUUCGGACUGGAAAAUGCCAGAACAUCCACGGUCACAAAGGCCCCAUCACAGCAGUGUCGUUCGCCCCCGAUGGCCGUUACCUAGCAACCUACUCCAAUGCUGACAGCCACAUUUCCUUCUGGCAGAUGAACACCAGCCUGCUGGGCAGCAUCGGGAUGCUGAACUCGGCCCCUCAGCUCCGCUGCAUCAAGACCUACCAGGUCCCCCCGGUCCAGCCGGCCUCGCCCGGCUCCCAGAACCACCUCAAGCUGGCCCGCCUCAUCUGGACCUCCAACCGCAACGUCAUCCUGAUGGCCCACGACGGCAAGGAGCACCGCUUCAUGGUCUAA